UUGACUUGGGUUGGUCCGACACGCUUGAAACUUUGGGCUUUGAUAGUUCGACAUGACCGGUGACCCUUCGUACAACUCUAGAGUGGGGGUGGGGGUGUCGACGAGGCUAGAAGACUUGGCCAACGACUUCCAAGUUCAGAUAUUAUUAAUGCAAUUCUAAAAAGUUAUCAUCAAGAAAACUAAUGGGGUCGCUGCCAAUGAACUGCUUAUUGUUGGCUUUUACAAUUUUAUUACAAAUCAAUGGAUUCCAUGGUUGUAUUGAGGAGGAGAGAAGGGGUCUCCUGGAAAUUAAGACAUUUUUUCAAUUGAUGAAUGGUGAAGCAUACACUUCGCUUCUUUCAUGGAUUCAUGGAAAAGAGAGCAACUGCUGCAACUGGGAGAGAGUCAUCUGUGAUCCAACUACAGGCAGAGUAGUCGAGCUCGAUCUUACGACUUUACGUAUUUUAAAAUCCAAUGAUCCCCAAGAUCUUAAUGUCUCCUUAUUUUUCCCUUUCAAAGAAAUAAGAAUUCUUGAUUUAACUGGAAAUUACUUGUGGACUUCUGCUAAUACUACAGAUACAACAAGUUUAUCCCAGUUGAGAAAGUUGGAGCACCUAGAUUUAGGCUACAACAGAUUCGGCAAGCCCUUUCUGAAAUCAUUGAGAAAUCUAAUGGCACUUAAAUUCUUAUCAUUACAACAAAACGGGAUGGAAGGUCCAAUUUCAAGUAAUGAACUCGAUAGCCUGAAUAAGGAUCUGGAAGUCCUAAUUUUAAGAGGAAAUCGAUUGACUGGUCAUCUACCUAUUCAAGAUCUUAUAUCUUUCAAGAACUUAAAGGUCCUAGAUUUGAGCGACAACAACUUCAUGGGGAGCAUACCUCAAAUUAUUGGGCUCAUGUCCUCCCUUUCGGCACUAUCAUUGGCAUAUAACAAUCUUACCAGUUUCUUGCCCAGUAAAGGUUUUUGUGAACUUAAAAACCUUCAAGAAUUAGACCUCAGACGAAACACCUUUGAAGGACAGUUCCCUCAUUGUUUCACCAGCUUGAGCUCUAUAAGAGUUUUAGAUCUUUCUAUGAAUCGUUUCAAAGGAGACAUUUCUGUCAUAAUAUCCAACCUCACAUCUCUGCAAUACAUCAGCCUAAACGAUAACGAAUUCGAGGGUAAAUUAUCACUUAGUUUAUUGGCCAACCAUUCUAAGCUGGAGAUCGUUGAACUGACGAAUAUGGGAAAAAUGGAUGUUGAAACCGAAAGUUCAAAUUGGACCCCAAAUUUUCAGUUGAAAGUUCUUCUAUUGUCCAAUUGUAACCUUAAUAAACUCAGUGGCAAUAUCCCCACUUUUCUUUCACACCAGUACAGGCUAAAACUAAUUGAUCUCUCCCACAACAAUCUGCGAGGAAAUAUUCCUAAUUGGUUGCUUCAGGAAAAUGCCGGAUUAGAAGUUUUGAACUUAAGAAACAACUCUCUUGUUGGUCAAUUAUCACUGCCUCCUCAUCAGAACAAUAGCAUUUAUUGGUACGAUCUGUCAAACAAUCGGUUCACUGGACAGGUAGGGAGAGACAUGGGAAGAAAGCUUCUAAGCAUCGAAUAUCUUAACCUAUCUAAAAACUAUUUCGAUGGUACCAUUCCAUCCUCAUUCGGCAACAUAUCUAACUUGAGACAAUUGGACUUGUCUUUCAACAACUUCUAUGGAGAAAUACCAAAAGAACUGACUGCAGGAUGCAUCAAUUUAUUUCUUCUCAAAUUAUCCAGCAAUAAGUUCGAAGGGGAAAUAUUUGCUACUAGCUUCAACUUGACAAGUAUAGGGAUUUUAAACCUAGAAGACAACCACUUCUCUGGAACUGUGUCUAGUGUUAUCGCUUGGAGCUCUAACAUGCAAAUGUUGGACAUUAGCAACAACAAUAUCUCAGGUGAAGUCAGUUGGAUAUCUAAUAUGACAGGCUCGAUGACUGUCCAGGUUGUCCUCAUGUACAAUAACUUCUUCAGAGGUCGAUUACCUUGUCAACUAGGGCCAUACAAUAUUUUAGACAUCUCACAUAACUCUCUUUCGGGACCUUUACCAUCUUGCUCGACCAUCAUGGGUCAUACACUUUUACAGGGAAACAAGUUCACCGGACCACUACCAGAUGCUUUUCUAAAUUCAUCAUAUAUAGUAACAUUGGAUAUGAGUGAUAACCUUCUGUCUGGUACGAUCCCCAACUCAUUCCAUGCGCUCUCCAACUUGAGGAUUCUUCUGUUGGGGUCGAAUAAGUUGAAUGGCUCCAUUCCCAACCACAUAUGUAAUUUGAACAAGGUCUCCCUGAUGGACCUGUCCCACAAUCAAUUCUCAGGGAUUAUUCCUCAUUGCAUCAAUAACAUCUCUUUCGGGAAAUUUGGUAUGCACAAUCGAGUAUACCAGUUAAGCUACUACGUUGAUUGGAAAUAUCGUCCAAUCUGUACAUAUGGGAACUUCUUGGUGAGGACUUAUGACCAAGUUAAUGCAUACAAAGAAUACACUGAAUACAAUAAAUUAGUUGUUGUCGAAUUUGUUACAAAAGGAAGGCUCGGCUCCUACAAGGGAAACAUCCUCGACUACAUGUCGGGAUUGGAUUUGUCAUGCAACAAUCUAACAGGAAAAAUCCCACGUGAAAUUGGAAAUUUGGGUUCACUUCAUGCAGCAAACUUGUCUCAUAACCGUCUUAAGGGUUCCAUUCCCAAAAUUUUCUCUCGUCUUUUGCAAAUAGAGAGUUUAGACCUUUCCUACAACGGAUUGAGUGGAGAGAUUCCAUCGGAAUUGUUGAAUCUCCACUUUCUGGAAGCGUUCAGUGUGGCUUAUAACAACUUAUCUGGUAAAACUCCAGAAAUGAAAGCACAAUUUGGAACUUUUGACAGGAGCAGUUAUGAGGGAAAUAUGUAUCUUUGUGGACAUCCAUUGGAAAAUAAAUGCUCUUCCAUUGGGGAGUCACCAAAAUCAUCAUCUAGCUCAGAAAAAAAGGACAGGAAAUGGUACAAAAUAGAUAUCGCAGAUUUUUAUCCCACUUUUAUUGUUUCCUACAUCGGGUUCUUUCUAGCAGCAAUUGCUGUUUUUCAUAUGAAUUUCUUUUAGCAAAAGUGUUCAAUUCGUGGUGUUGUGAUACUCUAAGUGCUAGAUGAUUAUGUACCUCUUAUAUGUAAUCUUGGGACUCAAGUGAAAGGUCUGUAGCUGGUAAUUAAAAUUCUCAAAAAAAACAUCAGCUUGUAA